AUUCUAACCUCACUUAAAUUAUUAUUAAAUAUUUAAGAAAAAUAAACAUAAUCCAAGUAUAUAAUUUAUAAAACGUAGAAAAAUGAGUAAAAUAUUCACCCCGACAAAUCAAAUACGUUUAACGAACGUGGCCGUAGUCAGAAUUAAAAAAGCGGGAAAACGUUUCGAAAUCGCUUGCUACCGUAAUAAAGUGGUAUCAUGGCGAAAUCAAGUGGAAAAGGAUAUAGACGAGGUCCUACAAACUCACUCGGUAUUUACGAAUGUAUCCAAAGGACAAGUGGCAAAAAAGGAAGAUUUAAUCAAGGCAUUUGGAACGGACAAUCAAACAGAAAUUUGCAAACAAAUCCUGGCCAAAGGGGAGCUCCAGGUGUCCGAUAAAGAACGACAAAGUCAAAUCGAUCAAAUGUUCAAAGAUAUCGCCACAACUGUCGCAAAUAAAUGCCUCAAUCCUGAACUAAAACGUCCCUAUCCAGUAACGAUCAUUGAAAAGGCCAUGAAAGAUGCACAUUAUUCAGUAAAACCCAAUCAAACCACCAAAGUUCAAGCCUUGGCAGUUAUUAAGUUACUAAAAGAAUCGAACUCUAUACCAAUUGAGAGGGCACAGAUGAGAUUGAAGGUGAACUUUAAAGGGAAAGAUGCCAAAAAAUUAAGGGAUAAAUUAAAGAAAAUUGAAAGUGUCGAGGUUGAAAGUGAAGAACAAGAAGCAGAUGAAAUAACAAUUGUCUUUCUGGUCGACCCGGGGCAGUUUAAAGGUAUCGACAGCUUGGUUAAGUCUGAAACUAAAGGGGCGGCACUGCUGGAAGUUAUGUCUUAUAAAGAGAUGGUAAUGGGAGACGAGUAUUUUUAAAUUAUGUCAAUUGUUCGUUGUUUAUUGAUGAGAUUUACUUGUAUAAAAAUAAAUUUUAGUUUUUAAAAAAUAAUUUCUUUAAUAUAUGAAAUCUUGA